UCUGCUUGUUUAUGUUUCGCACUCAACAGGACGACAUGACCAGCCAGCCCAAGGCUCAUUCACGACCACCCCAACAACCACAACACUGACCGAUUUAUAGCACCAUGUCCAGACGCGCAAGGAAAAGUAACACCGUGCCAACUUUCCUACAACCAAACACGGUCCUCACUUCACGAGCGGCCAUCUUUGAAGACGAUUUUGAGCACACCUCGAAAACAAACCCCAGUAAUAGACCAAGAGCAUGCAAAAGUAUUCAGGACCAAGGUAGUUCUGAGGAUGGAAGCGAAGACGAUCAAGACGACAAACUGUCAGAGUCGAUACUGCAGCGACUCCAUGAACAGCUUCAAGGGGCCAUUGAAAUCGAAGAAUCCAACACGGCAACACGAUCAGGACGCAGGAUGUCCAUGGAUUCCAAUGGGUCUGAUAACUCGAAAUCUGAACAGGAAGGCGAAGAAGAAGCUGAUGCCAUGGAAUUUCGUUUGUUUGCCUCACAAGAUGCUCCAACAGCGAUCGUGAUCCGUCCGACGGAACCCAAGAUUGUGUACGUUCACCGGGAAAGACCUGAAUUGGAUGAGAUGCCUGGAUCGGAGCGCAUGCGGCAGAUCGCCGAAGCGUCGAUUGAUGCGGACACCAUAUUGGAACAGGCCAAGGCCCCAUGGCCUCGAACAUUCUUUGCCCACAAAACCAUCCACAUCCCUUUCAAACAACCUAUAGGACCCAAAAAAAUCAAGAAGAGCAAACGGAAACGCGAAUGGGAGAAAAAGGUCAAGGCCGGACUGAUCGAUCAGGCGACCAUGGAUGCUACAACUAGAAAGGUUAAGGUCUCGGAGAGUUGGGGACAGCCCCUCUUGGUGCGCAAGGGACUGGACAGGAACACGAUUGAUGCUGGAACGACAAAAACGAAUCAGAAAGAUGGCUCUUCGGCUAGCGGCGGUGGUAGAGGUAGUAGAGGUGGAAGAGGUGGGAGAGGUGGGAGAGGCGGAAGGGGCGCACACGUGGCUGGACCUGGACUUGGCCCUGCACGCGCACGUGGACGUGGACGUGGGCACGGUGGAGCAAACUGUACAGAGAGAGGAGCAUAUCACCAAAGCAAAGAGGAUGGAAAGGGAGGCGACGAGAAGAAGAUAUCGGAGGCAGCUGUGCCUGCUAAGAGGGGUCAUGAUAACAGUAUGGGUGUGGUCAACUCGAAGGAUGCAGCGAAGAAGCAAAGGACAGAUGUUAUGGCUUCAACAACUCUGAAGGUCAAAUCUUUUAAUGAAAAGGCGACAGUGAAGGCUACAUCUUCUUCAUUGUUGCGACCUUCAACUGGAAAACCAGCUGCAAAGGAAGCAAGAUCUCCAUUGCCACCAAAGAAACCAAAGACAGGUAAACCCGUCUCAAAACUAGACAACAUCAUGGCAAUACUCACUGGCAAAUAAAAAAUCGCCAUACCAUGUAUAUAUUUGUUAUCGUAGAGGAAAAUCUGAGGG